UAAGAGUGUUAAGAUAGCCCCUGUGAGAUGAAUGGCAAUGUCACCCAAGUGGGGCAGGAUACACUUGACCAAAUGAAUAGUUCCGAUGCAUUGCCAGCGAGACCGAAUGAAGUAUCAGAAAAUCAGGCCGACCUUGUUGGAGGGGCGCAGCCGUAUAGCCUAAUGCAGAAUAACGCCUUCGUCAAGUUUGUGGAGGAGAAUCACAUCGAUCCAAAGGUGUACCAACUCGCAGGCGCCUUACCUCGUUAUAUUCGAACGAAUCCACAAUACACCCCGCCUGUAUCGCGAGAAGUGCUGGAGAAAGCGUUUGACGGGACGGUGACAUCUGUGCCUUGGUUACCAGGUGGUGCUAUUACAAAUCCGUUGGUUGUAUGA